AUGCUCCAGCCUUCAUACGACACACUUUCAAAAGGAAUCAUGCAGAGAAUAUUCACUGCACUCGACAACUCGAUUGAUAGCGUGGUUCUAAAGGACAACGUGAUAUCGGUUGAUGUCCCACAUAAAGGCACAUUCGUGGUGAACAGACAGCCGCCAAAGAGCGAGAUCUGGCUCUCCUCCCCCAUCUCCGGCCCGUACCACUUCAAAUAUAAAGAAAAUAAAUGGACAGACUUCCAGGGAAACGAUUUAUUGAAAAUUAUCUCAGAGGAAAUACUUGACGAACAGCACAUGCUAGAAUAG